UACCUCUUUUUCUUCUCAAGUUUUAUUAUACAUUCGUAUAGUAUUUCACAGGCUUUGAACAACAUUUGGUAUCAGAGCCUUGAGAGCUAUCCGUGGGCCUAAUUUGUGAGGAAGAAAAUUAAAAAAAAAGGAGUGGAAGACAAUGCAGACUGCGGGUGGUAACAAUGGGAAUUCAAUCUCCCAAUUGCCUAUGUUCAAGGGUUCAAAUUACCACUUUUGGAGUUUGAAGAUGAAGACUCUCUUCAAGUCUCAAGAGCUAUGGAGCAUUGUUGAUGAAGGGUUUGAAGAUGGACAACCGGAGGAACCAGAUCAAGCCUUGAGAGAUAGAAGAAAGAAAGAUGCAAAGGCUCUCUAUUUCAUCCAACAAGCCUUGGAUGAUGAGGUCUUUCCCCGGAUUGCUGCAGCCUCAACAUCCAAGGAAGCUUGGAGUAUUCUUCAAAAGGAAUACAAGGGUGACAAGAAAGUCAUUGAGGUCAGGCUACAAUCCCUAAGAAGGGAGUUUGAGAAUGCCAAGAUGCAGGACAAAGAAACUGUCAAUGAUUACCUCUCUAGGAUCACAUCAAUUGUGCAGAAGAUGAGAUCCUAUGGAGAGGAGGUUAAAUCUAAACAAGUGAUAAGUAAGGUGCUGAGGUGUCUUUCAAGGAAGUACUCUCAUCUUGUGGCAGCUAUUGAGGAGUCUAAGGACAUGGAGGUAUACACCUUUGAUGAACUCAAAGGUUCUUUGCAGGCCUAUGAAGAAAGGGAAGAUAAAGAGGAAGAAAGGCAUGAGACAGCUCUUCAAGCUAAAGCUGACACUUCUCACCAUGAUAGGACUCAGCAAUCUUCAAGAGGAAGAGGAAGAGGUCGUGGGAGAGGAGGCAAUAGAGGUAGAGGUCGUGGCAGAGGGGGCAGAGGUUACACUCCUGAAAGAAAGGAGGAGCCAACUGGGAGCAAUUACAAGAGCCCCAUCAAAUGCUAUUACUGCAACAAGCCAGGCCAUAAAGAGGCCUCAUGCUGGAAGAAAGAAGAAGACAAGGGAGAAGGAAGAACUGAGAGCAAGUCUAAUUAUGCUGAGCACGAAAACCUUUUCCUUGCUCAACAUAAUUGUGACUAUGGAGCAAAAACAGUCUGGUAUGUGGAUAGUGGUUGCUCAAACCACAUGACUAGUUCUAGGGACAUGUUUAUGGACCUAGAUGACUCUAAGAAGAGUAUGGUGAGGCUUGGAGAUGGCAAGCAACUUUCAGUUGAAGGACAGGGAACAAUUGAGCUUCCAACUGAGCAAGGAAAGCCCAAAUUACUGCAUAAUGUGCAGUAUGUUCCUAAUCUUGCCCAUAACUUGUUAAGUGUGGGUCAGCUUAUAUGUGGUGGCUACAGAAUCCUGUUUGAGGAUGGUAUGUGUAUUAUCAAAGAAAACAAGCAAAAUGAAGUGGUGAUGAGGAUACCAAUGGGAAAGAACAAGGUCUUUCCAUUGGACCUAACCAGAAAUGCAGGCCAAGCUCUUGUGGUGAAAGGAGAUGAAAAUGCAAAACUAUGGCAUCUCAGGUAUGGGCAUCUCAACAAUCACAGCUUACAAUUGCUAAGUUCAAAGGAAUUUGUGCAUGGACUACCUAGCAUUGGGGUGUUAGAGUUCUGUGAAGGGUGUGUGUAUGGGAAGCAGGCUAGAGGUUCAUUUCCAAGUGGCAAGUCUUGGAGGGCUAGUGUGUGCUUGGAGUUGAUUCAUGCUGACUUGUGUGGCCCUAUGCAAACUGAAUCAUUAGGAGGAAGUAAGUAUUUCUUUCUCCUCACUGAUGACUUCAGUAGGAUGUCAUGGGUGUACUUUCAAAAGACUAAAUCUGAGUCUUUUGAGAACUUUAAGAAGUUUAAAGCAUUGGUGGAGAAGCAAAGUGGACUGCAAGUGAAGGCCCUAAGAACUGACAGGGGUGGAGAGUUUGUCUCCAAAGAGUUUAAUCAAUAUUGUGAUGAUCAGGGGAUUAGAAGGGAACUUACAGCACCAUAUACCCAUGAGCAAAAUGGGGUAGCUGAGAGGAAAAACAGAACCAUUGUUGAAAUGGCUAGGUGUAUGAUGAAGGUUAAAGGGCUGCCUAACUCAUUCUGGGGUGAGGCAGUUGCAACAGCUGUUUAUAUUCUCAAUAUCUCACCUACUAGGGCUGUGAUGAAUUCAACACCAUUUGAAGCUUGGAGACUGAAGAAGCCCUCAGUUAAUCACCUAAGAACAUUUGGGUGCAUUGCCUAUACCUUGGUAAAUCUGAGAACCAAGUUAGACGCUAAAGCAGAGAAGUGCAUCUUUGUUGGUUACUCAACUCAGUCAAAGGCUUACAGACUGUAUAACCCACUCACAAGCAAAGUGGUUAUAAGCAGGAAUGUAGUCUUUGAUGAGGAUGCAAAGUGGGAUUGGAAUCAAACCAAACAAACUGAUGGAAGCUUGAGAAGAAUAGUCAAUGUAAAAGGGUCUAAUGAGCCUCCUGUGGACCCUCCACAGCCUAGUCCUCCCUCAACUCCACAUAGUUCAUCUACUUCUUCAAGCAACCAGAGCUCUCCUUCAUCAUCAUCAAGUGAAUCAAGUGAAUCUCCUCCACGCAGAGUAAGAACAUUGGUUGAUAUCUAUGAAAAUUGUGAUUUUGCUCUAGUUGCUGCAGAACCCACAGGUUUUGAUGAGGCUGUUGCUCAGCCUGAAUGGCAGAAGGCUAUGGAAGAGGAAAUCAGUGUUAUAGAGAAGAAUGGGACUUGGGAGCUAGUAAGUCUGCCCAAAGGAAAAAAGGCUAUAGGCCUAAAAUGGGUCUAUAGAACAAAAUGCAACCCGGAUGGAAGUGUUUCUAGGCACAAAGCCAGGUUGGUUGUCAAAGGCUAUGCUCAGCAAGAAGGCAUAGAUUAUGAGGAAACCUUCUCACCAGUUGCCAGGUUUGAAACUGUGAGGGUUGUCCUAGCUUUAGCUGCACAAUGGAGGUUACCUGUGUUCCAGUUAGAUGUGAAGUCAGCUUUCUUAAAUGGAGAACUUCAGGAGGAGGUGUUUGUUGAACAGCCUCAGGGUUUUGAGAAGAAGAAUGAACCUGAGAAGGUGUACAAACUGAAGAAAGCACUCUAUGGCUUAAAGCAGGCUCCAAGGGCAUGGUACAGUAAGAUUGACUCAUUUUUCAUUACUAAUGGAUUCAUUAGGAGUGAUAAUGAGCCAACACUUUACAUAAAGAAGCAAGAUUUCAAGAGUUCAAUGAAGCAGAAGUUUGAAAUGACUGAUCUAGGGGUCUUGCAAUACUUUCUUGGCCUGGAAGUGAAACAGAAAAAGGAGGGGACUUUUUUGUGCCAAAGAAAGUAUGCUAUGGAUUUACUCAAAAGGUUUCAUAUGGAGAAUUGUGAGAUAGCAAAAACUCCUAUGAAUACCAAUGAGAAGCUGCAGAAAUGUGAUGGAACUGAGAAAGCAAGUGAAAGAUCAUUCAGAAGCCUAGUUGGGGGACUGAACUACCUAACACACACUAGACCUGACAUUGCACACAGUGUUAGUGUUGUGUCUAGGUAUAUGCAUUAUCCCACUAAGCAGCACUUUGGUGCAGCUAAACGAAUUCUGAGAUAUGUGGCAGGAACUCUAGGCUUUGGAAUAUGGUAUGAGAGUGUUAAACACUUCAAACUUAGAGGCUAUACUGAUAGUGAUUGGGCAGGCUGUAUUGAUGAUAGAAAAAGCACCUCGGGUUCAGUAUUUGAUCUUGGUUCUGGAGCUAUUACAUGGAGUUCCAAGAAGCAAGAUACAAUUGCUUUAUCUACCUCAGAGGCAGAGUAUAUUGCUGCAGGAGCUGCAGCAAAACAAGCAUUAUGGCUAAAGAAGUUACUGAAGGAUCUGUACUGUGAACAACAAGAAAUUCCAGAGAUUUGGUGUGACAACAUGUCCACCAUUGCAAUGGCAAAGAAUCCAGCUUUUCAUGCCAGAACAAAGCAUAUAGAUGUGCAGCAUCAUUUCAUUAGGAAGCUUGUAGCUGAGGAAAAAAUAGCACUGCAAUUCUGUGGAACUGAGUUUCAGAAUGCAGAUUUGUUCACUAAGGCUUUACCUCAAGCUAAGCAUCAUUUUUUCAUGAAAAGGAUUGGGAUGACAAGCUUGGAUCAAGGGGAGGUGUUGAAAGUAUGAUCAAGCUUGCAUACGAAGGAGUUCAAGGCCAUGCACACUUGGAAUAUUGCUUCGUUUAUUCUUUAUUAUUGAUUACUAUUGUUUUGAAUAAAUCUAAGUGGUUAGCUAGAGUUUAGGCAUUUGAUUUGGUCUUUGUUUACUCACGUAUUUGAAUACUUGGCUUAGCAUAAUUAUAGGAGAUAGUUGUUAUACGUGCUUGGUUGUUUUCAUUCUUGUAAAGGCUAUAUAAAGCCUAUUGAUUAUUA